UAUAUAAACCCCCCUCUCGAUUAUUUUUAAUUGAUUUCCCUACCAUUUUCACAUUUUCUCUAUUAUUUGAAGCAUUUCCUCUCUCUCUAUCUCUCAGAGCUAGCUAGCUACGAUGCCAAGCCGAUACCCAGGGGCUAUGACCCAGGACUGGGAGCCCGUGGUGCUCAACAAGUCAAGAACCAAGUCCCAGGACCUCCGCGACCCGAAGGCGGUGAACCAGGCCCUGCGCGCCGGGGCUCCGGUGCAGACGAUCAGGAAGGCGGACGCCGGUUCCAACAAGAAGGCGGCUCCGGUCGUCAACGCAAGAAAGCUGGACGAGGCGGGCGAGCCGGCGUCGCUGGACCGGGUCUCGUCGAAUGUGAGGCAGGCGAUACAGAAGGCGCGGCUGGAGAAGAAGAUGAGCCAAGCGGACCUGGCCAAGCAGAUCAACGAGAGGCCCCAGGUGGUUCAGGAGUACGAGAACGGGAAGGCCGUUCCGAGCCAGGCCGUACUGGCGAAGAUGGAGAAGGUUCUGGGCGUGAAGCUGAGGGGAAAGACUGGGAAGUGAUCGUUGAUCUCGAAACGACGUAGCAUUUCGGCGGUGUAACUGGUGUUGGUUUUGGACAUAUGUGUUGUUUCCUGGUUUUGAUCCUUUCUGUAGUUUGUCUUUUGGUUUUGUGAAGAGUGGUGAGGGUUGAUGGAAUAAAUAACUUGUAUGUACAAAGAUAUGGAAAUAUGGUAAUGAAAGGUAGAAUGUAACAAAUUAUUGAUCUUU